AUGAACACAGACUACAGCGCAGAGGAUCUCAAUGCCAUCGUGGAGCUGGCUAGCGCAGUGCAGCGGCACUUGGUCGACGUACCAGACCAAUAUAAACUUAUUUUGCACCAUGCCAGGCGGCUCCCGAGUAAGCCGCUAAAGGAUGACGAUGAGGACUCUGAUAAUCCUGGACUGGAGCAGGUGAAAACUUCACACGAUAUCUCCCAAAACGGCCAAGAUUUACUGCACGAGCUAAACGCAUACCUGGGGCAUUUAUAUGCCACCAACGCUCUGUCACAGCACGGAAAAGAAGGAUGCGUCGAUUGUAUGACUACAGUAGGCGAAACUGUCCUCUUCCUUGCCGCGAAGCAGGGACUGAAAGAAAUUGUCCGGUUCCUCCUGCAGCAUGGGGUCUCUAUUGAUCCGAAAGACAGGGCGGGCCGGACUCCCCUGCAUCAUGCAGUGGUAAAGGAUCAGAAAGAAGUAGUCCGGAUCCUUCUCGCAGCCGGCGGUGAUAUAGAAACAACGGACCUGGCGGACCAUAUCUUAUUGAUGUUCGCAGCGCCGCGCAGAGACAACAGGAAGAACAGGUCGGGCCACACACCGCUGAUAGCCGCAAUCGAAGCCGGGAAUGAGGCGAUGGUCAAGCUUCUCCUGGAUGCGGGCGCGGACCCGAACCACACUACUGACGAUUAUGCCCCAUUGACGUCGGCGAUUAGAGCUCAUAGUAUGUCCAUUUUCACGAUGUUGCUCGACAAGGUCUCCGAUCUAGACCAUGCGGAUGGAAGGGGCGAAACCCCGCUCAUGCACGCUGCCAAAUGGCACGAUGGGAUGGCGAAUCUCCUCCUGGAGCGAGGGGCAAGAUGGGAUGGCGAGAAUAGAAACGGCGAAACUGCGAUGUCCAUCGCUUCGCAACAUGCAAAUGAGCCGCUGCUCAGAUUGCUCCUAGAGAAGAUUCCUGGUCAGGAGUAUGUGAAUGCAAAAGGCCAUGGCUUGCUCUACUUUGCUGCAGAGAGCAAUCUAGAAGGUGGGGAUGAAUCAAUGGUCCGCUUUCUCCUGGCGAGGGAGGGAGUAACUCAGGACCGGAAAGUCGCGGAUGCUCAAAGCGGGCUGCAAGGCGCCGCAUGGAGGGGGUCUACUACCAUAUUGGACAUACUGCUUGGGAUAGAUGGCGUGGAUGUUGACGGCAAGGACGAGGGCGGCUACACGGCACUCUGGCUGGCUGUUCGAUGGGGCAGAGAGGCCGCUGUCGAGCUCCUUCUCGAUAAAUAUAGGGCCAACACCGAGGUUAGUAACGGUGAGAUAAAAUGGACAGCAUUGCACGGAGCCGUCUAUCAUGAAGAACCGGACAUGGUGCGGAUGCUCCUGGCGAGGGGUGCUAAUACCAACAGCAGGGACCACCACGGUCGAACUCCGCUAUCCUGGGCGACAAAUAUCGAAUGGCAAGACUGCCGUGAUGGUAUUGCUCCAACAAUAGUGCCGUUGCUUCUUGAGGUAGAUGGAGUGGAUAUCGACAGCCGAGACACGUUGGGCCGGACGCCCCUGUUCUGGGCUCUCUUAUCCGCAAUCUAUUUGGUGGGCGCCCCAGAGAUGGUGGACAUGUAUGAGGCUAGCAUCCAGCUCCUACUUGAGCAUGGCGCCCGGGUUGACAACCGCGAUGAAUCUGGGAGGACGCCCAUAUUCUACGCGGCAAUGGUGAAACGUGCCGCACUGGUCCAAAUGUUCCUGGAGAAGGGCGCAGAGCCAGACUGCAAGGACGCUGACGGUAGGACACCGCUUUCCUAUGCAGUGGAACCAUUCAAUGUAGGUUGGCUCGCGGAGUACAAAGGUGAACCUGAGGACGAAUGGGAGCCAGAAUGGUCUGGCGACCAGCUGAGCAGGGUGGUGACAACCCUUCUUGCGCAAGGUGCAAACCCAGAUUGUCAAGAUUCACAGGGUCUAACACCACUCUCACGCGCAGAAAAGAAGAUUGAGGAGGGACAUGAAGUUUUGGUUCAGCUUAGGAAUGCCUCCGCUCGACGGUCGAGCUUGUGA